AUGGAGCCGGCCAGGAUCCAGAGCACGACCAAAAGCCAGCUAGAUGCCAACAAGCAGCAAAUUGCAGCAGCCAAGCGAAAUGCCACUCAGUCGUCCAAGAGGCUGAAUGAGAAUAUCGCCACCAUCAUCCGCCUCUCUGAAAUUACUGAUCAACAUUGUUGCAGAUUGCUUGAUGAAGUGAAGCACUGGAAGAAUAGGUAUGCUGAUGAAGUUCAGCAGUGGGAGGAUAGAUAUGCUGUGUUGAAUGACAAGCAGGGGAAUCAUCAGGGAGAUCUGGCGGAGAAGGAUUCGGAGAUCAAGGGAUUAAGAGACAAGUUGAGUGCCGUCGAGAAGGAGUAUGGAGUAUUACGAACGGGAAAGGAGGGGUGUGACGAGACCAUCGAUGGCAUUCAGAAGAUCUUGAAAAGGUCGGCGGAGUUGUUGGAGUGCGAGCGGCCCAGAAAGCGAGCGAAGCCUACCUCUAUUGAAACCAUACGCGGAACCAAUCGUGACCAGGACGAGGACGACAUCGAGGACGAAGUGAAGGAUCCGGAACGGGCUGGGCAUUCGAUGCAGACCCAAAAGACCACCGAAUGUCCGGCCACGAAGCACGAAGGCGAGAAGUGCAUUCCACUCACACUUCGCGACCCGCCAGACGACGUCCUCCAAGCAGCCCGCUUGAACAGUACGAUCAUCGGCAUCAAAGACCACAGAGCCACCUUUGCCUUCAAGCAGUGGGAGGCGAAGGAAAUGAAUCGGGUUUGCAAAGGGCACCUUCACCUGGUCGUUUCCGUUGAGGACGAAUUGGGACAGUUCCCCCGCAAGAUGGGUCACGCCCUCCGGAUACGACUGCGAGAUGAAAGGUGA